AUGGCUGUUGCCCUAAAGGAUGUGGAGGGGUUCUCCCGUCCCGGUAUCGACGGUAAAAGGGCGCAAAAUCGAUUCUUGCUACUUGUCCGACAGCACAAGGCAAGCAACCUGGAAUCUGCCCGAGCCUCGGGUGUGAGUGAGGACGAAACAGAGAAGUCCAAGCUUCUGGACGACCUUGUGCCCCUGUACAACGACACUUUGGUCAAGAAGAAACUGUCAGCCCAACCAACUGAGGCCGAGGAGAAGGCGGCCAACAUCAAGUUUAUUCGAGAGCAAGCCAUGUUGCGCGGGCGGCGUAAGUCGUCGGAGUCCGGAGACGCCUCGGAUGGCUCUGUUCUUAGCAAGAGAAAGCUAAUUCAAGAUGCACAGGACAAGGAGAUGGACCUCGAGCGAGAGCGGAUUGCGUUCAAGAAAUUGAAGUUUGAAAGAGAAAUGGAAGAGAAAAGGAUCGCUUGGAGCGUGAACUCGACCGCCAGGAGCGCCAGCAUAUUGGGAAAUGGAGAGCCGCAGAAACGAUGA